AUGAAAGCGAGUAAAUUAAUUUCCAUUAUUUUGCUGAGCUUAGUCAUCCUUGUCAGUGGAGAACUGGAAGACGGAAAUGACUUAAUAGCUCCAGCAAACAUACCAGUAGAAUGGGGAAACAUCAAUGGAACUAGACUUCUUGCACAACAACGAUUUUUCUACUAUCCAACUCCAGGCGUUUUUGCAACGGGCAAUGGAUCAAUGUCAACUUCAAAUGUCAUUCUUGGAAUGAGAUUGAUAAGAUUGAAUGGCACUGAUGGACUGCAUACGCUAAUUAGUGGAGGAGUGAAUCAUAAAUUUGUGAAUUUUGAUUUCAUGGGAGUUGGAAUAGGAAGAGCUUACGAUUUUGAUAUUGAGCUUUUCGGAAGUGCUGCAACAAAAAAUUUCUCUACGGUUUUAGUUGUUUUGUCAAGCUUCUUGAUUUAUAUUUUUAACUUCUGA